UGGUUUGGCAGGUGAUGUCAUGUCUUAGGAGGGCCUGACCACAUAGUAAUAAAAUGAUAAGGGUCAUCGUCUGCUUAAGAGCAGCGCAACAGAUGAAAACAACAUCUGAGCGGCCACGUACACGCAGAAGAGAGUUUGUGGAGGAAGCAGCGCACUGUGACAAGUCAACACUUCACUGGAUUCAGGAAUAGGUGCUUACCUUGAGGAGGAGGCAUACCUGCUGGACCAACAGGAGCUUGAAGGGCAAAAUCAAGAAGGCCCUCAGAUAUUUGUCGAAAAAUACAAGAGGGAAAGGGAAGCAAGGAAAACUGUGAGCAAGAGAAAAGUCAAUAGGAAGGAACUGAGAGGAGAGAAAGGACAAAUAAAGGAGCUUUUGAUCCACAGAGGAGACGUUUGUCUGGGUGAACAAUGGUUUCUUUUGGACUUGAAGUGGUCGGUGUCACCCUGUCAGUGCUUGGCUGGGCGCUGAGUAUAGUCAGCUGUGCUCUGCCAAUGUGGCGGGUGUCUGCCUUCAUUGGGGCCAACAUCGUCACAGCUCAGGUGUACUGGGAGGGCCUGUGGAUGAGCUGCGUGUUCCAGAGCACGGGGCAGAUGCAAUGUAAGGUCUAUGACUCCAUGCUGGCUUUACCUCCGGACCUGCAGGCCGCCCGGGCGCUCACUGUCCUAUCCAUUAUCGUGGGCAUAAUAGCUCUCCUCAUCUCCAUGGUGGGAGCCAAGUGCACCAACUGCAUUGAGGACGAGGGCGUCAAAGCCAGGGUGAUGGCUGCUUCUGGGGGGGCGUUCAUCAUGGCAGCUCUGGCACAGCUGGUGCCUGUUUCCUGGUCGGCACACACCAUCGUGGUUGAGUUCUACAGUCCGCUCAUCCCCUCUGGACAGAAGAUGGAGAUCGGGGCAGCGCUGUAUCUGGGUUGGACCGCUGCAGGCCUGCUGAUGAUUGGAGGGUCCAUUCUCUGCUGCAGUUGUCCCCCACAGGAAGAGAAACCAGCGAGGUACAGUGUGCACCCGCAGAGUCGUGUAGCGUACUCCGCCGCUCCGAGGUCAGUCGCUCAAAGCUCCUACACCAGGAAGGACUAUGUGUGAGGGAAGAGGACAGGACCAUGGCGGGAUUAUUAUUAUAUUUUCACAUGUAUCCUGCUUAUUUGUACAUGUUCGAGAAAUGUAUAUAAAAAUGUAUCUCAUUGAUUAUUACAUCGGUUCAACUGGAACCAACUGCUCACUAGAAAAGGAUGACUAAAUCCAAACCAUAUGUUUUUGUGCAUAUUUAGGAUCAUAAAUGUGUGUAGAUAUUUUUUGAUGAAUGGAUUUGUUAGUUCUCUGCAGUUGUUUACAUGUAGCCAUUAGAGCAGAGGGAAAUCAUCAAAUUUCAAAAAGCAAAAGACCAAAUGUGGUAAAAGAUUUUUGGAAUAUGUGAUUAUUGUUCAGUUCUGUGAGGAGACUUUGGUUUCCAAGUAAAACUGAUAUUUUAUAUAUUUAUUUGUGCUCAUAACAUUUGGAUCCACUGUGGAUGUUCCUCAUUGUACUGAUCAGCGUGUACGUAUGAAGUUUCAUAUUGUCAACUACUGUAAAGCAAACAGAGACACUCGUGUAACUGUAAUGAGCUUUCAAAUGGCUUUUGUUUUUUCUAUGUGAAUAAUAUUGUUCUUGACAUAGGCCGAGUCACAGAUACGAAACAUUACACAGCUGAGCAAAAUGGAGCUUGCUUUGGGCUCCGACGCAAGGUCAAAAUGGCGGCGUAAACUGUAAAAAGGCUGAGGGAAGUUCAAAUCAACAUAUGAUAUAUGAUAUGAAAUGUGAUUUUAUUUGUUUCAUCAUCUCUGUAACAUUUCACAGCCUUUCGUGUUGCUGUGUUCAGACAUUUUCUACAAUAUUGAAACUUUUCUUUGGCAUGUCUUCUGUUGUAUAAACAUUAUACGGCUUUGACUUUUAUUAAAAGGCUGUGACUUCGUGAAUAAAAAUGUUUUUCGAUCGA